AACCAAGCAACGUAAAGACUGCCUGUGUUUUUUGUCUGGCGCAUACAUUCAAACAUGGCGGAUCGAUCGAACACAACGUCCCGCGCGCUUGUCCCGAUAAUCGAACGCGCAUACGUCAGGCGGCUAUGCAAACACAUCGAUUUAUAACUGUUACGGUGAAACUUCACGGCAAAAAUCGCAAUGUUUUCAACCAUACCGCUUGGGGAAAAUAAUAAUAUCUUGGUUAAUACACAGUGCGGUUCCCGCAGCGUCCUUGACUACAUCAAGGAACGAGUUGACUUUUAUUCACCUGAUGAGGCCGCUAGAUUGGAUCUUGCUGAUGAAGAUGGGCAGUUAAAAUUCAUAUCUUACCAGCAUGCGAUGCGGCCUGUGUGUGAUUUAGUACAACCCCGGGCUGUUCUCAUUCCGGUCAAAAUUGAAAGAGACAUGGAGACUUUUUGCUACAAGCCUUUCACUCCCCUUGUUGGUGAUAUGGAAUUGAAACCCAAAUUUCAAGCGAGACUAAAUUUGCAGAGAGACAGCAUGGAAAGAAGACGGCUAGAGAUGGAAAAGAUUAGAUUAGAAGAAGAAAAGCAAUGCCAAUUAGAAACUCUCAAGGAGAAAAAAGAAGCCAUGGAAAGUAAACCUGAUAAACAAGAAAGUCAACGGGACAGAUCAAACCUGGGCGGUAACCAAAAUCUCAAAUGCACUGGAAGUGCUUCACGACCCAUUUCAAACAAAAAUUAUAAAAGACCUUGA